AUGUUUUCUGCGAGUGCCAUGCGUUCUACAUGGAGAAGCACUAAGCGGCUUAAAAUUUCAAAUUUUUCUCGUCCAAUUUCAACCUCACAUCCGCCCGCUCAGGAGAAUGGUUCUCGCAGUGUACAGGAUCCGAACAGCAUUUCUGUUGCCUCCAAUGAAAUAAGAACACCCUCUACACACCUCGAUGGCACUCCGAAGGAAUGGGGGGAGAGACUAGACCAGAUCGGUAGCAAAUUCCGAUUACCGCGUAGUGUGCAAGCCGUAUACCUAAAGCCUUUGCGACGAAAGGCGGAAUUCGGCCUACCGGUCUGUGACCUCCAGCUCCGAUCAUACAGCGCACGACAUGUCGAGUUUUUCGCCGACUUUGCGCUCAGAGCGGCAUACUAUCUCAAUCUUCCCGCUUUCGGACCUACACCUCUCCCGCGAAUCACGGAACGCUGGACUGUUCUGAAAAGCAAUUUCGCUCACAAGAAGUCCCAGGAGAAUUUCGAGAGAGUAACGCUUCGUCGACUUAUUCAAAUUAAGGAUGGCCAUCCUGAUGUCGUUCAGACGUGGCUUGCCUUCCUUCGAAAACAUGCGUUCCAUGGUGUUGGUAUGAAGGCGAAUGUUUGGGACCAUAGCCCAAUAGGAAUUGGGAAGUUGAUGGAUGAGACGGCUGCGGAGUUGGAUAGUGCAAUUGAGGCGAAACUUUCCUACUUUGGCUCCAGCAAGAAGGCCUUUGGGCAGGCGGAAUCGGUCGCUGAUUUAGUAGAUAGGAGGAAGUUUAUGGAUAACAAUAGCCGGUGA